AUGGGAAAUACGAGCAUUCAUACAUUAUUUGUGGACAAUCUUCCCGAGUCUAUGGAUCCAAAAGGUCUUUAUAACAUGUUCACAAAGUUCGGUGUGGUCAAAGAUGUGUUCAUCUCACUUAAGAGAAGAAAAACAAUAAGAUCAAGAUUUGGUUUCGUCUGUUACAAUUGUCAUAUCGCAGCAAAUAUGGCUAUACAGAAGGCAAAUGCAGUUUGGUGUGAUAACACAUCUCUGGUAGUUAAGAGUGCUGCAUUUAAAAGAGAUCAGAAAGGUGAGGUACAGAAUAUAAGUAACCAAAAUAUACAAGGCAAAAAGAAUGAUGCGGGUUCGGUGAAUAGAAGACCAUCAUUUGCAAGGUGGUAA